UUGGAUUUUGACUUUAGAAGUAGCUUUAUUGCCAGAAUUUCUCAUGUUCUUCCGGGGAUUCUCCGUUUGGGGAAUGUAUCUGGGUAAUACAAUCUCAUAAAAGAUGCAGAACGAGGAGGGACAGAUCACUGAGCUUUACAUUCCAAGAAAAUGCUCCGCAACAAACAGACUGAUCACUGCUAAGGAUCAUGCCUCUGUUCAGAUUAACAUUGGCCGUUUGGAUGAGAACGGUAUCUAUAAUGGCCAUUUUUCUACAUUUGCCCUAUGUGGUUUCAUCCGUGCACAGGCCCGCUUGCCUUAUUUGAUCACUUAUUUAUUUAUCUGUUUUUGUAGUGCAGCGUUCUAUUCUAUUACCAUAUUUUUGUGUCUGUCCUUGGCAAAAAGUAAUGUUUUUCAAGAAAUGGACUGUAUUUUGAAUUGAAGACAUGGUGCUAUCUGUGU